AUGUACGACCCGGCAGAGUACGCCGACCUCGACGUCUCCCAGGAGAUAGCGGAAAUGUUCGGGUACAUUACGAGGUACAAGCCGCACCAGAUCGAGCUCGAGACAAAGAUGCGCCCCUUCAUCACCGACUACAUCCCCGCAGUGGGCGAGAUCGACCCCUUCGUCAAGGUCCCUCGGCCUGACAACAAGCCCGACACCCUCGGGCUCACGGUGCUCGACGAGCCGGCGCCGACGCAGAGCGACCCGACGGUGCUCACGCUGCAGCUGCGAGCGACGACAAAGUCGUCCGGCGUGCAACCGAUGCUGGUACGCUCGAUCGAGCACGCCGACAAGAACGCGCGGCAGAUCAACUCGUGGGUCGCGAGCAUCAACGAUUUGCAUCGCCACAAGCCCGCGCCCUCGGUCCGCUACUCAAAGCCGAUGCCGGACAUCGAGUCGCUCAUGCAGAUCUGGCCGGCCAAGUUCGAGGAGCUUCUCGAGACGGCGCGGCUGCCGGACGCGGAGCUGUCGCUCGAGCUCGCCGACUUGGUUCGAGCUAUGUGCGCUAUCCUCGACAUCCCGGUGUACUCCUCGCUGACGGAGUCGCUGCACGUGCUCUUCACGCUCUACUCGGAAUUCAAGGCGAACGUGCACUUCCAGAAUCAGCUCGAGGGCUUGCCCGACGACGGGGCGGACGGCGGCGUUUGGGGUCCAAUGUGA